AUGAAUGAUAUAAAACGAUAUUUGCAGUCAUUGAUGGGGUUGUUGAUCAUAUGCUUAUUGAUCACAUUAUGGGUUGCCGAUUACAUAGAAGAAAAGGAAGUCGAUUCGAUGACAAACAAGACUCAUAAAGAAAUAGCGUCGGUCAUACAAAAGGCCACAACCAUAUUGCUUCUAAUGAAUUCGUCAACAACGAAUUUAGCCAAAGUUGUAUCUACGUCACUUGGUGAAACUAACGCCACGUUUUCUCACAUCCAAGCUAAGGUGGCUCCUUUAUUAUUUGAAGCACUAUUAACGAUCCCACGAGUGUCACAAAUUUCGUAUAUCAGAAAAGAUGGAUUGUUCUUUGCAUUAUACUCGCAAGCGGACCAUCGAAUCUUUGCAAUCUAUUCAAAUACUUCGUUUGAAAAACACCCUGGUGCCCGAAUUAGUUAUCCAUGGUACACUCAACAUGUUGAUUCCAACACCGGAAACUUAUAUGGAGAAGUUGUUGUGUUUCCUACUUUGGCUAAUGAAACAUGGUUACAACAAGCAUUGAACACUACAAAUGGAUUUGCUUUAUUAGGGAAUUCAUGUUCCGAGGACAAAAUUCCGCUUGUCUUGAACAUAGCUCGUGUGGAUAAAAUUGGAGUUGUCUCACUUGGGUUUGAGCUCAAAUCGUUGUUAAAUGUGUUUUCAGGCAUUAAACCUUUUGGUGGUGGUUUGUAUUUGGCUACAAAAGAUGGGAAAUUCGUAAGUGAUGGGAUACCAAACACGCGUAUUGUUGUUGAAGAAAACGCAACAAUUUCUUUCCAACUUUUGAAAGCAAACGGAGAGAGAAUCACAUUGCGACUUAACUAUGAAACGCCGAAAACCUAUGUUUUCGAUGUUUCUGGAAUAAAAUAUGCCUUGUACUCUUCCUCACUUGACAUCAUGGGAAUGCAAAUGGUGUAUGUGUUGGCAUUACCAUAUGAUGAAGUGCAAAGCAGGAUGCAUUGGCAUAUCGUUUUAGUGUCUAUGCUUUCGUCGCUAAUGAUUGUUCUGGUCGCUAUUUUGAUGGUGUUAACAAUGAAGUUAGCAAGAAAAGAAAUGUGUUUAACAACUGCUCUUGUCAAACAAAAGGAAAAAACACAACAACUAGAGAGAAAAAGCAAGAAUCAAAGUGUUGCAUUUGAAACCGCAAGCCAUGAUAUCCGUGCUUCGUUAGCAGCAAUUAGCGGAUCGGUAGAAAUAUCAAUCAAUGAGAAUCAUCAAGGAUCCGAGUUAGCCACAGACUUACAAAUUGUUCAGUCAUCCACAAAAUAUCUCCAAGGACUACUAAACUCUAUUCUUGACACAAGUAAAAUUGAAGCUGGCAAGAUGGAGCUAGAAGAAAAACCCUUUGACUUGGUCAAAGUGCUGGAGAGUGUAGUUGACUUGUUCUAUCCAGUUGGUAUAAAAAAGGAAGUUGAUGUGAUUUUGGAUCUACAAGACGAUUUAUUGACCAAAUAUUCACAAGUCAAAGGCGAUGAACGCCGACUUAAACAAAUAUUAUCAAACUUACUAAGCAAUGCAAUCAAGUUCACAUCCGAGGGUCAUGUCUUAGUUUCCGUUUGGGCUCGUGCGAUGAACCCGAAUUUGCAGAGCUCGAUAACUGCUUCUGAUAGCGUUUGGUUUGAACGAUGGCGAUCGUAUUUGUUUUGUGGAAAUAAUGACAAGUGUGGGGAUGUUGAAGCAGUUGAUGAAGUUGUUGGUGAUAGUAACUGCAUGGAGUUUGUGUUUGAGGUUAAUGAUACUGGAAAAGGUAUUGCAAAAGAGAAACAAGCUUCCAUUUUUGAAAAUUAUGUGCAGGUUAAAGAAUCUGAACAUGAAUUUGAAGGCACUGGAUUAGGGCUCGCCAUCGUCCAAUCUUUGGUACGCUUGAUGGGUGGAGAUAUAAUCAUAGUUGACAAAGAAGCCGGAGAGAGAGGGACAUGUUUCAGGUUUCAUGUCGUUUUUAAGGUUAUCCUGUCGGAUCUACAUGUAAUUAGUGAUGAAGAAAAGGUUAACAUGUCCUUAGGGACAAACACCCCCUUCCGCAGCCCCAAACGAAAAGAUUAUAACUCUAGUACAGUUGUUCUCUUCAUCAGCAGCGUCGAACGAUGUAAAGUGUCACAAACAUUUAUACGCGCUCGCGGGGUUAAGGUUCUCGUAGCGAACAACGUUGGAGAGCUUUCCGAAACUCUCAAGGAGUUUAGACAGCCUGCGAGUAAAGUAUGUUUUGGCUAUUUGACUAGGCCUGGUAGAAGCCCAAAGGCGGUUCCGUUAAGUGCAUUGGAUGGGACAAAUGUGUCCCAGACCCGAAUGAAUAAUCGGGCCACUCUAACGGGUUUUAUAUUGCUUGUGGUGGACACAACCCGGGCUGAUUUUCGUGAGUUGUGUAAGGUGGUGGCCGAGUUUAGAAAAGACUCGAAAGAUGCUUGUUUUAGAGUUGUUUGGUUAGGAUUCAGGUGCAUGCAAGCCCAUGGGUUGGAUCAAAAGCAACUCCCACCGUCAGAUGUCAUCAUACCAAUGCCGUUUCAUGGGUCCCGUUUAUACUCGUUAAUCAAUCUUUUACCGGAGUUUAGAUAUAAGUUCCCUUGCACACAACCACACGGGAACCCGUAUACACCCGAAAGACAAGUGGAAGUCGAAGAAAUCACUAGGAUUUCGCCAAAUAGGAGCCCAUUGAGAGGGAAGAAAGUGUUGCUCGUAGAGGAUAACUCUACGCAACAGAUGAUCGCCAAGAGGAUCUUUUUGAAGAACGGUGUCAAAUUCGACACGUGUACGAACGGGAAAGAAGCGUUGACUUUUGUCUCCAAAGGGUUGACUGAUCAAAAAGAUCUUGGAGCUCUACAUAUUCUACCAUAUGACUAUAUCUUAAUGGAUUGCCAGAUGCCUGUAAUGGACGGUUGUGAAGCGACAAGGCGGAUACGACUAAUGGAGAAAGAGUAUGGUGUUCACAUCCCCAUCAUCGGGUUAUCUGCGCAUGGAGAAGGCGAAGAAUUAAACAAGUUCGUAAAGGGAAUCGAUAGUCAUGUUUCCAAACCACUAAAUGAGCACAAGUUGUUGAAAGUGAUUGAAGAACUUGAUAGCAGAAAUUAAUGUUGAACUUGAUAUUAACUAGUAACUUGUACAUACUUGAGCUUU